AUGCCGUUGCUGGACUCACCAGUGCUGUACCCAGCACCGAAGGUCCAGUGGUACACACCGACGCCACGGAAGCCGAGCCACGAGAAUCCCCUCGGCAUCGUCUUCCCGGAGGACACAGAGAAGGAGACGAGGGUGACUGGAGCCCGAGGUGUGAGGGAAGGAUCCCCUCCAGAAGACUUGAUGAUGGUCAAGAUCGACGGCGCACUGGAUUUACUGCCGUCUGACAACUUCGGGCCGCACUUCUAUUGUGCCACAGCGUAUUACCCAGGUGAGGGUAACGCAGAGAUAAAUGCGAGAAAGACCGAAUUCGCCGUCGGGAAGGCGAAUCCCGCACGUCCUGACCUUGACAAUUGCAUGCUACAGAAGACCGUUUUAGUACCUUACAAUCGGAAGCAACAGCUCUUGAUGGUGGAGAUCCACGAAGUGGAUCCCGAAGACUCAGAGGUGGAGGACUGUUUGAUCGGCCAGGCAACCUUGCCACUGGCAGAUCCAAAGAUCGAGUCCUCGGCAAACUGGCCGCUGUUCCGUGGCUUCGAAAGCAGCGGCUCCUUGGCGGUGCAAGUCCACAUCCCCCAGGUGAAUUCUGCGGGCCCGAAAACGCUUGAGUGUACAACACCAUCCGUUUGCAAGCCCUCCAAGCGGAGCAAUACUCCUCCAAAGGGAUUUCCGGAGCCCGUGUCUCCACUUAGCCGGACAUUACCGUACAGGUGCAAGCGAUCGGAGCGCAGUGACACUCCUCCCGAGGGAUUUCCAGAGCCCGUUUCACCAUCCAGAGUGGCGCGCCCAACCCUCCUGGAGAGCCUGCGCUAUGGAAAACAGACACCCGAGGAGAAGAAGUGCCAAGCAUUCGACGAGGAUGCGUGGACGCGGGACAUGGGCUCCUCCCAAAUCUUCACUGGCUGCGCGCCUUGCGAUGCGUUUCUGGAGUCCAUGCGCAAGGGACCAGAUUUGUUGCAGCACUCGCCAUUGCUAAAGUCCCUGAUGAGUGGCGUGGAUCCCCUUGCCGAUGUGGACAUCCGUCUCCCCACCCAGGCCGGAGGCAGCCGCCUUCAUUCGUGCAUCAGGCCAGAGCAGGCACAGACGGUGUCAGCUGUGUCAGGCAAUGUGCAAUACACACCUGCGAGCUACGUGCCAGCAAGGCCACAUCAUAGCCACAUGCCACCCCGCACAAGCUACAAUCCAGUCCCCACGCAGCAAUCGCUGCUUGGCACAUCCAACCCAGCCCGGAUGCUGCAGAACCGGCAGGCGAGCUGCAUGCCGCAAGUUACAGGCUUCAAUCCAGUAUUCAAGCAGCAAUCGUUGCUUAGCACAGCAAGCCCAACUCAGACUUCAACAAACCAUGUGCAGUACCGGCAGGCGAGCUACAUGCCACAAGCUGCAGGCCACAAUCCAGUCAUCCAGCAACAAUCGUUGCUUGGCACGGUCAGCCCAACUAAGCCUGCGAUGUCAAGCAGUGCACAGCACAUUAAUAACGCAAGCUACAUGCCGUCGCCGUCAAGCCAGAAGCCACUAGUGCAGCCCUCGCUGCUUAGCACAAAACGGCCAACCGAUAUUCAGACGACUUCUGCUGUCUCCAGUAGUGUGCAGGCGAUGUUCACGCUGCCGACAGCCAUAGAAAGCUGCAGGCCAUACACCAUGCAGCAAUCGCGGGUUGGCACAGCAAGGCCAAUGCGGACGCUGCCUCCAUUCCCAGGCAACGUGCAGUACAUGCAGAUGCAGCCAGCAGGCGCAAGAGGCUACCAUCCUUUUGCUGGCCAGUACUUCGCGUGCGUGAGAUGA